ACCAACCAAGAAAAAAAGGCAUCACACUAUUGAAGCAGCGACGAGGAGGAAGCAGGGGACAUAUAAGUCUGCACACAAAAGUUUAAAGAGAUCAAUAAUCCCUUAUCAGCCCUAUUAAAACCCCAUCCCCCGGGGUCAAGUCUCUCUCCGGGACCUUCACUCGAUCCUCCACUGUGCUCGGCCGGAGGUCUCACCUGAGACCGGGUGGAGAUGACGACUCCGCAGAUCAUCCGAGGAUCAGCGGCGCAGCUGCUGCUGCUGCUGCUGGCAGGGGGUUGCAUUGACGGCUACAGGCCUGUGGUGAUCGUGCACGGCAUUUUAGACGGACCAAAACAGUUCCAAACUCUGCGUCAAUACAUAACCAAGGCUCAUCCGGGCACUGAGGUGCCAGUGAUCAGCUUGUACAACGACAUGAAGAGUUUUUUGCCACUGUGGAAGCAGGUCCGAGACUUCAGUAAAGCCAUCGAGUCCAUCUCGCAAAACGCUCCCGAUGGCAUCCAUCUUCUGUGCUUUUCACAAGGUGGUCUAAUUUGUCGAGCCCUUCUCUUCACAACGCCACGCCACAACGUGCACAACUUCAUUUCACUGUCAUCACCGCAGGCUGGGCAAUAUGGAGACACAACCUACCUGAGGUGGCUAUUUCCUCAAUGCUUAAAGAAGACAGUGUAUAAAAUUUGCUACUCCAGAUUUGGGCAGAGUCUGUCUAUCUGUCAGUACUGGAAUGACCCUCACCACAGGUCUCUGUACCUGCAGCGCAACAACUUUCUGACAAAGCUUGAUGGUGAAAGAUCUCACGCUGACAUGACAGCAUGGAGAGAAAACUUUCUCCGCAUCAAGAAGCUUGUGCUGAUUGGAGGACCAGAUGAUGGCGUCAUCACACCAUGGGAGUCCAGCCGCUUUGGAUUCUAUGACAGCAACGAAAAUGUUGUAGAAAUGAGGAACCAGGAGUUUUACAAGAGUGACGUGUUUGGGCUGAAGACGCUGGAUGCUCGUGGUGACGUGAGGACGUGUAUUCAGUCCGGCGUGAAACACGUUCAGUGGCACUCCAACCACACGGUGUUCAAGAGCUGCAUAGAGAAGUGGCUCACAUGAGAACAGCCCGAGAUGUUAAUGUAAUGUGUUAUUCAGGUGAAACAGACUAUAUGAUCAGCACUGGUUACACAUGCAGACGCUGAAUACUGUAGAAAUAGCUUGUGCUUUUGCAAAAGUGCAGAUGAUUGAUAUUUUAUAUGCUGGUACAUGUUGGAUUAAUUAUUAUGAAAUUUGGUAAAGAGCUUCAGUUUCCCACAGGAUGAAUUAAUAAGUUUGCUGAUCUCUGAACUAAGAACAGAGCCACAGUCUUAUUUAACACAUUUUUUAAAAAAAGAAAGAAAGCAGAUAAACAUAAAAGUAACAAAAACAUACGAAGGAAAAAGUAAAGCAGCAUGUGCAGCAAUACAAAAGCAACAUCUGAGGUUUUUCUUUUCUCCUCAUGAAGACAGGGGCAGGUAUAUCAGACAUGGUCUCCAUAAAUAUGAAAGGUUUCCUUGAUUGAUUAUAAUGGAUUCAAGUAAGUUCAGUUAACCAGAGAGUGUGCACAUGUUCUCAAACAAUGAACAUAUUCCCUUUUACAAUAACCGUUGCAGAAAGGGACAUAACACUUCCUGCUUCCAGGGGAUAUUUUACGACUGAAAAGUUUUCAGGUAAAACUAAAAUCACUUCAAUCAGAUUUGUAUAUUUGAAACAGUUUAUGAAUUUAGUAAAUAUCUGCUUAUUUUUGCUUGCUUCUGAACAAAAAAAAAAAAAGACUUUCAUACGCAACCAAAAAUCUAUGGCCUUGGAUUUUUAGUGUUUUAGUGCUAAACUUUCCGCAUAGAAACACCUGUCAAUGGUUAUUAUUAUUGUAUUAUCGUGGUUCUCAAAAGGUUUACACAAGUUAGACCAUGGACCCCAUUUGAUAAGAUUCAGAUGCUUUAUUACAGAAAGUGUUCAUGAUCAAAAUAGUCAUACAUUCUGUCAUUGUGGUGAAUGAAUGAAUGGAAUUAUAGUGAGAAUAAAAUAUUCCCCUUUUUGCUCCCGGACCCCACUUUGAAAACCACUGCAUUAAGGAUAUUAGUCUGAAGUGACACAGCGAACCAUCAGUCAAAACGAGCUGUGACCAACACUGUCCUCUGGUGGAGGCUCAUGGUCCUUUAGAGUCCUGUUAAACUCACACCUCAUCACACACCAAUGAAAACUGCUUUGCCCUCCACUCUUUGGGUUCAAACUUUAUGUGUGAUGUGUUUGUGCCUUAUGCAAUUUGAUUUUUUUAAAAAAAAAAAACUAAAAUGUGGAACUUUAUAUCUGUAUUAAAGUCUUUGGAAAGUCA